AUGGCCCUUCUCAUCUAUGUAGAUGAUAUAUUGGUUGCAGGGACAGACUCAGCACAGAUUGAUAGGUUGAAACAGUUCUUGGAUAAGACAUUCAAGAUCAAAGAUCUUGGACAUUUGAACUACUUUCUGGGGAUUGAAGCAUUUAUAUCCACUGAUGGUCUCAACAUUUGCCAAAGAAAAUAUACUUUAGAAAUCCUAAAGGAGUAUGGCUUCAUGGAUGCUAAACCUGCAAAGACUCCCAUUACUGCAGGCCAGAAACUCAGUUCUCUUGAAGGAACACCCCUUGAUAAGCCAGAAGUUUAUAGAAGACUGGUUGGAAAGCUGUUAUACUUGACAAACACCAGGCCUGAAAUCACAUAUGCAGUUCAGCAAUUGAGUCAGUAUGUUGACAAGCCUAGGAACACUCAUCUUAUGGCUGCUCACAGAGUGUUGAGGUACUUGAAAGGGUCUCCUGGAAAAGGGAUGUUUUAUCCAGCAAACUCUCAGAUCAAGCUACAAGGGUUCUCUGACUCUGAUUGGGCUACUUGUGCAGAAACCAUGAAGUCGGUUACAGGCUAUUGCAUUUAUUUUGGCAAGUCCUUAAUCUCUUGGAAGACAAAGAAACAAGCUACUGUCUCUAGAUCAUCUUCUGAAGCUGAGUAUAGGGCCCUUGCAUCCACUGUUUGUGAGGUCCAAUGGCUCUUGUAUUUGCUUGCAGAUCUGAAAGUCAAGCCUAACAGCCCUACUACUCUAUUCUGUGAUAACAAAUUUGCAAUUGCUAUUGGAGAGAACUAUGUCUUUCAUGAAAGAACUAAACAUAUUGAGAUAGAUUGCCAUGUUGUUAAGCAGAAAGUGUAUGAAGGGGUUAUAAAGCUAAUGUCAGUUCCAUCACAAAAAACAACUUGUUGA